AUGCCCGGCGCUGCUGCUGCUGUGGCUGCUGCUGCGGCUGCUGCUGUUGCUGCUGCUGCUGCUGGCGCUGACCACCCCCAGAGCUGCUCCGCUGGGAAGAGCCACUCCGACCCCCGCCUCCACCGCCACCCCCGCCUCCACCGCCACCCCCGUCUCCACCGCCACCUCCCCCACCAGGACCGUCGCUCCCACCGCUCCCACCGCCUCCUCCGCUACCACCUCCGCCGCCACCUCCGCCUCCACCGCCGCCACCAGUACCUCCACUCCCGCCACCACCCCCACCGCCACCCCCACUCCCCCCGCCACCCCCACCGCCUCCUCCACCGCCCCCUCGAGCUCCACCCGCUCCCUUGCCCCCCUUGCUCUUGCCAGAGCGGCGUCUGCCGCUGGGGGCAGACGCCGCGCCGACCGACUCAAAGCCAGUGA